UUGGCGUACAGCAAGGAACAGCAGGUACGCGCGGAACAGCACUCGCAGAUGGAAAGGGGCAUUGGCCUGCCCCCUGUCCCCAAAGUUCAUAUGGGCGCCUGCUUCUCUCUCAUAUUCGAGGGCUGUCCCCUCAAGGUGAACGCGACGGCUACCUGGGUGAACCCAAGUACAAACGCUCUUGAACGACCUUUCAGUGGUCAUAGUCUCGUUAAUCUAGCCUAG